AUGCCGCGUAUUAUGAUAAAAGGAGGCGUUUGGCGCAAUACCGAGGAUGAAAUUCUUAAAGCGGCGGUUAUGAAAUAUGGGAAAAAUCAGUGGUCUCGUAUUGCUUCCCUGCUGCACAGAAAAUCUGCAAAACAGUGUAAAGCUAGAUGGUAUGAGUGGUUGGACCCGAGUAUUAAGAAGACUGAAUGGUCACGAGAGGAGGACGAAAAGCUAUUGCACCUCGCCAAGUUGAUGCCAACUCAAUGGCGUACUAUUGCUCCUAUCAUUGGUCGUACUGCUGCUCAGUGCUUAGAGCGAUAUGAAUAUCUACUGGAUCAAGCUCAAAAGAAGGAGGAGGGUGAAGAUAUGGGAGAUGAUCCCCGUAAGCUUAAGCCUGGGGAAAUUGACCCAAAUCCUGAGACAAAACCGGCCAGACCUGACCCUAAAGAUAUGGAUGAAGAUGAGCUGGAAAUGCUGUCUGAAGCUAGAGCUCGUUUAGCAAACACACAAGGUAAAAAAGCAAAAAGAAAAGCCAGAGAGAAACAAUUAGAAGAAGCUCGUAGGCUUGCAGCUUUACAGAAAAGGAGGGAACUCAGUGCUGCUGGAAUCUCAGUACCACUAAGAAGGAAGCGUAAGCGUGGAGUGGAUUACAACUCUGAAAUUCCAUUCGAAAAGAGACCAGCUGCUGGUUUCUAUGACACUUCAACUGAGGUUGUGGAUCCUAUGGCACCAGAUUUCUCUAGGCUUCGUCAACAACACCUGGAUGGGGAAUUACAUUCUGAGAAAGAAGAGAGAGAACGCAGGAAAGACAAGCAAAAAUUGAAGCAGCGUAAGGAGAAUGAUGUUCCUCAAGCUAUGUUGCAAGGUGAUCAACCAGCAAGAAAACGCAGCAAGCUUGUAUUGCCAGAGCCACAAGUGUCUGAUCAGGAGCUCCAGCAAGUGGUGAAGCUGGGGCGCGCGUCGGAGGCGGCGCGCGAGAGCGCGGGCGAGGCGGGCGCGGCCACGGACGCGUUGCUGGCGCACUACGCGCUGGCGCCCGCGCCCGCCACCGCGCUGCGCACGCCCGCCGCGCACCCGCACCAGGACAGGAUAUUGAUGGAAGCUCAAAACGUAAUGGCGUUGACACACGUGGACACCCCACUCAAAGGCGGACUCAACACCCCUCUGCAUGAAUCAGACUUCUCUGGAGCUCUGCCUCAGAGUCAAGUAGUAGCUACUCCUAAUACUGUAUUGGCUGCACCUUUUAGAUCGACGCGUACCGAAGUAUCCACGCCGGGCAGCUUCGCCACUCCGGGACACACGCCCGGCCAGCCUGCGCUUACGACUCCAGGUCUACGCGACAAGCUGAGCAUUAAUACUGAAGACAGAUUAAGCACUGGUGAAACACCACAGCAAAGCAAUCAGCUGAAGGCGUCAGUCCGCAGCGCGCUGGCGGCGCUGCCGACGCCGCGCAACGACUACGAGAUAGUGGUGCCGGAGCAGGAGCAGGGCGGCGCGGAGGCGGCGCCCGCGCCCACCGUCGAGGACCAGGCCGACGCGGACGCGCGCGCCGCCAGGGAACUGGAGGAGAAGCGUGUG